UCCGGAGAGGCCAGUGAAGGAGACGCGAGCGCUCCCCGCGGAUUCGGUAAAAAUUCCUUUCGAAGGCAUUUCAAGGGGCGCCUCCGCGGUGCCCGGCCUCGGGUUGCCCUGGACGCUAAGGGCUGCAGGGUGCGGCCUCCCUGCCGCCCCCUCCUCUCGUCGCCCCCUUCCACUUCGCCCAAGGGGGCCGGAACGGCGGCGUCGGCGCGCGGGGGCUUUUCGGGGCAGUCGAGUGGAAAAUAGACUUUAACCUGCUUUGUGGCUGCAAGGGCGCCCGGAGCGCUCUCCCGGACCAAGUCUCUCGGCGCUCAGGCCGAUCGCUGCCAAGACCCGGCCUGGAGUCCCCGCAGAGUUACGCGGCGCCCGGGCAGUGCUCCGGCCACUCUGGUUGACCCCGGCAGCGGCAGGACAGCGGAACUCGCUGUGGUCCCCUCCCCGCGGCGCCCCGGCAAGGUCCGGGUCCCAGUCUCCCCACGACCGCCCAGCGCCCUCCUAGGCCUCGGCGAGGUGUUUCCUUGCGGCGGGGAAGGCCCGGGUGGAAAAGUUUGCGGCGUUCUGGUUCUCGCAGUCUACCUCCCUUUUCUCCCCGGGGAAUCAGCGCACCGCGUGGAAGCCGGCCGGAGCGCACUUGGCCACUGCUCCGCGGCCGCGGGUGGACGGCGAAGGUCGGAGAGGCCAGGCUGCUGCUGCGUUUCGGGACCUCCCGGGCGCCGGCGCAGGCUGCUUUGCCAGCUCCAAUUUAAGACACAAUGUCCCCGAGACCCCAGCCUGGUUCGACCGGCGAACACUUGAGUCCCACAGCCAGAGAAGGCGAGGAAGGCAGAGCCCCGCGAGCUGAGGCCCGGAGUCCGAGUCUGAGCGCGCCGCCGCGCCGAGGCUGGGGAAAGGCUCUGCCGCCGCCGGAGGGCUGCGGGGCGACGGCCCGGGUGCUGCUCCCUGCCAGCACGCUCGGAAGAAGACGCACGUCCUCCUUUCCGGAGCUGUCCCCGUGACAUCCAAGAAACGAGAAACCUCGGGAGCAGGGCCACGGCUUCGCACGGCGGCUCCGGACAGCGCUGGUGGUGAGCGGGAGGGUCUGGAGGUCAGAGAGCAGGGAGCGGGGUCUCCGGCAGAGCGCUCUGUUGGACCCCAAACACCCCCGCGACGUUCGCAUCCGAGUUCUCUGAGACGACGUCUCGAGGCGACCUGGGGAAGGUUCAACUCAGUUACACGCCGGGGAGGGCUGUGUGGGUGCGUGUGCCUGUGCGUGUGUGUGUGUGUGUGUGUGUAGUAUCACCCCCAAGCCCCAGGGCCUUUGAGCGCAUUCUUGGGCUCCACGGCGACCCAGACGGCUGGGGAGGCAGCCAGACUCCCCCGAAGGGCGGAGUCCCCAGCAGCCAGUGGCGGGGCCAGGGGCCGGGGUGGGAGUAGGGGGCGGCAGCUGGACCGCCCCGCCAAGGUUCCAGUCCGGCUUUUGCCUCCGACUGCGGGCUCCCUCCCCACCCGCGGUCCCUCGCCCCGCCCCGCCCCGCCCCCCACCUUGGGGCAGGUGAGCGGCGGCCAAUGGGCGAGUGCCGGGCAGGUGCCGGCUAACUCGCGCCUCGCUGCGAGGCGGCCGAGGCCCCGUAGGGCAGUGCUGGAAGGACCGAGGGCGGGGGUCGGUCCCGGCGCGACUUGGAAGGGAGGGAGCUGGGCUCAGCCCUCCGGUCAGAGAGGCAGCUCGAGGCACCGCAGCGAACCCGCGCCAGUGCCGGCUCUGGGAGCUGCCCGCUCGGCCGCAGGGGCCGACGCUCCCGGCCGUGCGCGGUGGCCCCACUCCGCGCGCGCUCGCUCGCUCGCUCGCACACCCUUGGCCGCUCGGCGCCCGGCUCGCAGGCGGGGGCCGAGCGCGAGCGGGCGGGCGGGGGAGGUGACGGGUGCGGGUGUGUGUGCAUGUGCCUGGCUGGGUGCACACCCCGCACGGCGGCAGCGCCAGGACGCGGAGCGCUCCCCGGAGCCCGGCCGCCUCGCACGGCUCCGGAGCCCGCGACCAUGUUCCAGCCCGCGGCCAAGCGCGGCUUUACUAUCGAGUCCUUGGUGGCCAAGGACGGUGGCACUGGCGGCGGCACUGGUGGCGGGGGCGCGGGCUCCCAUCCCUUGGCGGCAGCCGCCUCGGAGGAACCGCUCCGGCCCACGGCGCUCAAUUACCCUCACCCCAGCGCGGCCGAGGCGGCCUUCGUGAGCGGCUUCCCCGCCGCAGCUGCCGCGGGUGCUGGCCGCUCGCUCUACGGAGGGCCGGAGCUCGUGUUCCCCGAAGCCAUGAACCACCCCGCGCUGACCGUGCACCCAGCACACCAGCUGGGCGCCUCCCCGCUGCAACCCCCGCACUCCUUCUUCGGCGCCCAGCACCGGGACCCUCUCCACUUCUACCCCUGGGUCCUGCGGAACCGCUUCUUCGGCCACCGCUUCCAGGCGAGCGACGUGCCCCAGGACGGGCUGCUUCUGCACGGCCCCUUCGCGCGCAAGCCCAAGCGGAUCCGCACGGCCUUCUCGCCCUCGCAGCUGCUGCGGCUGGAGCGCGCCUUCGAGAAGAACCACUACGUGGUGGGCGCCGAGCGGAAGCAGCUGGCCGGCAGCCUCAGCCUCUCCGAGACGCAGGUGAAGGUGUGGUUCCAGAACCGGAGGACCAAGUACAAACGGCAGAAGCUGGAGGAGGAAGGGCCCGAGUCGGAGCAGAAGAAGAAGGGCUCCCACCACAUCAACCGGUGGCGCAUCGCCACGAAGCAGGCCAACGGGGAGGACAUCGAUGUCACCUCCAAUGACUAGGGGUCUGCCAUGAACCCACGAGGGCAGGGUGCUGCUUGCUGCCGGCCAGGCCCCUGGGGGGCCCAAGCUGGACUCCGGCCACUCCCUGGCCAGGCUGUGGGGAGGCCUCGAGUCACGGCCCCACAAGGCUUGGCGCCUGGGGCCACCACGGACAGGGGGACAAGAAGUGGGCUGGCUGAGGCCUGGGGCCACUCGGCCUUCUCCACGGAGAGCCUGCCAGCCUGCCAGCCAGCCUGCCUGCCCGGGUGGGCCGCCCUCACCGCAGCUCCCAGCGGCUCUCCGUUCCUCUCGACCUUUUUGUUUCAACGCGCUUCUGUUUUAAUUUAUUUUCCAGGCCCGCUGUAGUUCCUAGUGAUUUCCCUGUGCCUCCCUUCCCUAUGGGAAUAAUAAAAGUCUCUCUCUUAUUGCCA